AUGACGCACUAUAUGCAGCCGUACGUGGACAGGUACCUCAUCAGUCACGAGGUGGCAUGCCUUGUCCCAAUCAAAUACCUGGCAAGCGGCAUGUCGUUCGUAGACUUGUCCUCCGUGUUCGGGCUGUCCAAGACCCUGUGCCACAUGCUUGUUGACGCGCUCCUCAUGCAUUUCCCGUCCGCCUUCAAGCAGCAGUGGGUCCACUUCCCGACCCGUGACGACCUCGACGAGAUGGCCGAGGAGUUCCGCGCCAUCAAGGGGGUACCUGCGGUAGUGGGGGCUAUAGACGGCACACACAUACCCAUGAAGGGGAUGGAGGGGCACAGGCAAGAGUAUUACAUGCGGAAGCCUAAUGGAGGACUGGGAGCAGUGCUUUAA